ACCGGCUCCCCUCAGAGGUGGCCGCGGCCGAGCGCGGGGAGGGAGGGGAGAGCGGGUCACGACGCUGCGGGGGCGGGGAUAACCCCUCACGUGGAGCAGAUGAAAGGGCCGCGGCGCGACGGCCCGGGGAGCGGAGCAGAGCCUGCGACCCACAAAGCCGCCGCCGCCGCGAUGGUGCUGUGAGGCGACCGCCCGCGCUCGGUCCUCCGCCGGCCCGCGACUAUGCCCGGCCGCGCCCGCCCUCCGCGCCCUCCCGCCGCAGGACCAUGAGGCCACGCUCGGGCGGGCGCCCAGGGGCCCCGGGCCGCCGCCGCCGCCGCCUCCGCCGCGGCCGCGGUCGUCGCUUGCCGCCGCCGCCGCCGCUGCCGCUGCUUCUCGGGCUGCUGCUGGCGGCCGCGGGGCCCGGCGCGGCGCGGGCCAAGGAGACGGCGUUCGUGGAGGUGGUGCUGUUCGAGUCGAGCCCGAGCGGCGACUACACCACCCACACCACCGGCCUCACGGGCCGCUUCUCGCGGGCCGGGGCCAUGCUCAGCGCCGAGGGCGAGAUCGUGCAGAUGCACCCACUGGGCCUGUGUAAUAACAAUGAUGAAGAGGACUUGUAUGAAUAUGGCUGGGUAGGAGUGGUGAAGCUCGAACAGCCAGAAUUGGACCCCAAACCAUGUCUCACUGUACUGGGCAAGGCCAAGAGAGCAGUUCAGCGGGGGGCCACUGCAGUUAUCUUUGAUGUCUCUGAAAACCCAGAAGCCAUCGACCAGCUGAACCAAGGCUCAGAAGACCCUCUUAAGAGGCCAGUGGUGUAUGUGAAGGGUGCAGAUGCCAUCAAGCUGAUGAACAUUGUCAACAAGCAGAAAGUAGCUCGAGCAAGGAUCCAGCACCUCCCUCCUCGACAACCCACCGAGUACUUUGACAUGGGGAUUUUCCUGGCUUUCUUCGUCGUGGUCUCCCUGGUCUGCCUCAUUCUCCUUGUCAAAAUCAAGUUGAAGCAGCGUCGUAGUCAGAAUUCCAUGAACAGGUUGGCCGUGCAGGCUCUGGAGAAGAUGGAAACCAGAAAGUUCAACUCCAAGAGCAAGGGGCGCCGGGAAGGAAGCUGCGGGGCCCUGGAUACACUUAGCAGCGGGUCCACGUCUGACUGUGCCAUCUGUCUGGAGAAGUACAUUGAUGGAGAGGAGCUUCGGGUCAUCCCCUGUACCCAUCGGUUCCACAGGAAAUGUGUGGAUCCGUGGCUGCUGCAGCACCACACCUGCCCCCACUGUCGGCACAACAUCAUAGAGCAAAAGGGAAAUCCGGGUGCUGUUUGUGUGGAGACUGGCAACCUUACACGUGGUCGGCAGCCAAGAGUGACCCUGCCGGUACAUUACCCAGGCCGUGUGCAUAGGACCAAUGCCAUCCCAGCCUACCCUACCAGGACAAGUAUGGACGCCCAUGGCAAUCCUGUCACACUGCUGACCAUGGAUCGGCAUGGGGAGCAGAACCUCUAUUCUCCACAGACCCCCACCUACAUCCGUGGCUACCCACCCCUGCACCUGGACCACACUCUGGCCCCUCACCGCUGCAGCCUGGAACACCGGGCCUACUCACCAGCCCAUCCCUUCCGUAGGCCCAAGUUCAGUGGCCGCAGCUUCUCCAAGGCAGCUUGCUUCUCCCAGUAUGAGACCAUGUACCAACACUACUACUUCCAGGGUCUCAGCUACCCAGAGCAGGAGGGCCAGCCGAUACCCAGCCUUGCACCCAGGGGCCCAUCCCGUGCCUUUCCACCAAGUGGUGGCAGCAGCCUUCUCUUUCCCACUGUGGUGCACAUGGCCCCUCCCACCCACGUGGAGAGCGGCAGCACUUCCAGCUUCAGCUGCUACCACGGGCACCGUUCUGUGUGCAGUGGCUAUCUGGCAGACUGUCCUGGCAGUGACAGCAGCAGCAACAGCUCCGGCCAGUGCCGCUGCUCUUCCAGCGACUCCGUGGUGGACUGCACAGAAGUUAGCAACCAAGGUGUGUAUGGGAGCUGUUCCACCUUCCGCAGCUCCCUCAGCAGUGACUAUGACCCCUUCAUCUACCGAAGCCGGGGGCCCACUGUACACCUUGAGGGCUCCCCACCACCAGAGGAGCUCCCAGCAGCACACAGUCAAGGUGCUGGGCGGGGUGAGCCAUGGCUAGGCCCCGCCUCUCCCUCAGGGGACCAGCUGUCCACCUGCAGCCUGGAGAUGAACUACAGCAGCAACUCCUCACUGGAACCCAGAGGGCCCAACAGCUCUACCUCAGAAGUGGGGCUCGAGGUUUCUCCUGGGGCCGCCCUGGACCUCAGGAGGACCUGGAAAGGGGGCCCAGAGGGACCGUCAUGUGCUUGCUGCUUCGAUCCCCAGCCCUCUUCCCUGGGCCCUGGAGCAGGAGCAGCUGCUGGUGGCAGCGCCUUAUUCCUGGGUCCCCGGCUCCUGGAGGACUGCAACCCUACAAGUGGAGACCCACAGCCAGGGGCCUCCCAGGGCCUGUGUGGCCUUCACUCGGACCAUUUUCCCAGGACAGAUGGGGUGAAAUAUGAGGGCCUGCCCUGCUGCUUCUAUGAAGAGAAGCAGGUGGCCCACAGUGCUGGCAGGGGUAAUAGCUGCUACACUGAAGACUAUUCAGUGAGUGUGCAGUACACACUCACUGAGGAACCCCCACCCAGCUGCUAUGCAGGGGCCCGGGACCUGAGCCAGCGCAUCCCCAUUAUUCCAGAGGAUGUAGACUGUGACACGGGCUUGCCUCAGGACUGUCAAGGGAUACACAGCCACAGCUCCUGGGGUGGGAUGCUGGGCUUGGACGUCCCCCGACUCCACUGGAGUCUGGGGACAACCCGGGAAGAGGAACAGGCUCCAUGCUACCAAGCCGAGGUGCCACUGCAGCCUGGCUGCUCUCCAGAGGAGGCAGAUGCUUCCAGAGCAAGCCUCUCCAGUCCCCCCCAGGACACUCAGGAGUCCCAUGCCCUGGCUGCUGAGGCGUCAGGACCAGGAUCUGGCCCAGGCAUCGGUACGGGAGCUUGAGCUCAGAAGGAACUCUUUUGUAAAAAUUGGAAACUGUACGGAGACUUCAAAGUCUGGCUUCCUUCAAAGCUAAUAUAUAUUAGUUUUGACAAAUACAAAAGUGGUAGUAGAGAGAGCCCGCCUCAACCCAAAAUGUGAGCCACCUGUGGCAUCCCCUCCCCAUUAACAAACCAACAGACAAAAAUCUCUUGAGUCCUUUGCCUCUUUUAAUAAUGUUUUAUUCUGUUUUGUAAUGUGUGCUUGGGGUUCUGAGGUGUGUGGGAUUGAGUUCUCUGCUUUUUUUUUUUCCUAAGAUGUUAUAUGUAAUGUAAAAAGUUAUUUAAAUAUAUAUUUUAAAGAACCCU